AUGACUUUAUCGCUUUUUAGUGUGGGUCAAUUAAAUUUAUCUCGUGGUAACGGCGAUUUGAUUUUGCAAAAGACACAGCUCGGAUGGAUAGUUGGAGGUGGUAUUGGAGAAAUAAGCGGGGACUCAGCGGUUUCUUGUAAUUUAAUCGAACUCACGCGUCAAAUGGAAAAAUUUUGGGUUAUCGAGGACAUUGGAUCAAAAUCAUCGAAAUCAAUCGAAGAGACACGGUGCGAGGCUCAUUACGUCGAACACACUACGCGCGAUAAGGACAGCCGUUACAUUGUCAAAUUACCAUUCAAACGACAAAAUGAGGAUUUCGGCGAUUCAAGGCCUCAAGCUCUCCAACGCCUCAACGCGUUACAAACUCGUCUUAAUUCUAAUCCCGAACUUAAAGUAGCUUACGAAAGGGUAAUGAACGAAUAUAUUAAGUUAGGUCACAUGUCCUUGGUGCGUGACGAGUCUCCAAGCGGCUAUUACAUGCCUCAUCACCCAAUAAUUAAAGAGUCAAGCAGCACCACGAAGGUGCGCGUCGUCUUCGAUGCAUCCGCUAAGGCCAGUAAGGGCUUCUCGCUAAAUAAAGUUUUAAUGGUCGGUCCCACAAUCCAGUCUAAACUGUUUGAUCAUCUUUUGCGUUUCCGCACCUAUUGA